UAAAAUCCUCUCUCCUCUGGUCCAACUUCAUUCACUCCUGAAAGAGAAUUAAAAAAACAAACUCUCGAGAGAGGGAAAGAUGCUUGUGAGUCGACCUCUUUCUUUAUUUAGAAGGUCGCCGAGCAAUCUCUCUGUGCCGGGGGCGGAUGCUCCAUAUUCGGGGCUGUUUGUGGUGACAGAUGAAGAAGCUGAGGCAGAAGAUUCGUUCUGUUGGGGAAUUUGCCGGCGGAGGAAGAUAAAGAAGCCGCCAUUUCCGACAGACAGAAUUCUGACCAUUCUUCAUAGCUCUUCUCAGUAUGAAGACACUAAGUCUACAAAGGUUUGGCUGGUCCCUGUUCUUGAUCGUCCUCUCUCUUCCAAUCGCUACUAUGUUAUCAAAGCUCGAGGCAAACAUAAAGGAAAAGCAUAUAGAUGCUCUAGAGAGGAUGACAUAACAACAUGUUGCUUUGGAGACGUUUUAAGUGACAAGAAGCCAAUACCCUUCAAUUUGAAAGACAUAUACCAACAAUUUCAGAUUCACCGCCACCACGGCGGCGGUUUCUUUGCUCAGGCCGUAGCUCCCGAUGGCGUUCCUCCCAAGUUUCUCAGAACAAAAGGAUGGAAAAUGCGUUCCUCGUCAAGCUUGCAUCUUCCUUUUGAAGAAGCUCUUGGCUUAGACUCCUCUCGUAGACAGCUCCUUCCAGACUUCGACUUCCCUAUCUUUACCACCCGCUCGCCCUCUGUGGUGAUCGGAAAAUGGGCCGUGGGACUGAGUGUAGCGUUGGUCGAGAAGAUGAGAUGGGUGCAAGAAGCGGGCGGUUGGUUCGGCGGUGGCGAGAACGGCGGAGAGAAAGUAGUGAGGGUGGAGAAAGUUGAAGAAAUUAGAAGUGAGAAUGAAUGGAGAAGAUUUAGCCUUUAUAUGUUGGUGGAGAGCUUUGUUCUUCGAAGAUUGAAUGGAGGUUUGCUUUGGAAAUAUAAUUUCAGGCACACUCAUACCAUCAAAUGCAAAUGGGAAUAGCAAGCCACAUUAUACUAUGUUCCCUUCUUAGAUUUAAACUUAUCAAUCUACCGUUGUAAAUUUUGUAGGUUUGAACCUCAUAUCCUUGGUUGGUAUAAUGUUGCCAAGAAAGUAAAAAUGUGUUAUUAUCAAAACCUACUUGAGUUGGAAAGACCUCAUAGUGCAACAAGAGUUUAGAUCUACAUCAUCUAGAGAUAAAUACAUUUUUGGUCCUUAAUUAAAGUU